UUUCAUGUGCAAUAGUUGCCAGUGGAGGUUCAAUACUAAUCGACUGUAAUUCAUAGUGCAACCGGUUGUGCAUGCGAUACAAAAAACCAGAUUGAGAACACCGUUUGAGUGGAAAUUAGUUCAAAAUAGCAGAAGAUUUGUUACAUUUUUAUCCUUAGAGUUAGAGUGAGCAUUGUCUGGACUGGAUGUGGUGAGCCACUGGUUUGAAAAAGGAGAAAAAGGGGGAGAUUGCUCAUAAGUUUGUGCUGCCGGAAAGACAAGCUAAAGUAAACUUACUGAUCAAAGCCAUGGAGCAAGCCACUGGUGAUGUCGGGGACACCCUGUACUGUAUCUGCCGCUCUUCAGACUGUGAAAGGUUUAUGAUUGGAUGUGAUCACUGUGAAGAAUGGUACCAUGGUGACUGUAUAGGUGUGACCCAGUUGGAUGCCAGGUCCAUUAAGCGUUACUACUGUGAUGCAUGUCGAGCUCGGAAUCCCAGUCUUGAAAUUCAGUACAAAAACAAAAAGAAGGAAAAGAGAGUGAGUGAAUCCAGUGACCAGGAGAGAUUUGACAAGCAUCACAAAGAAUACAGGUCGAAGCUGAGGGAGAAAAUGAUGGCAAAAAGUCGGACGACCCGACGAUGUGGUGAAUGCAGUGCUUGUCACAGGAACGAGGACUGUGGCAGAUGUGAUUUCUGUAAGGACAUGAGAAAGUUUGGAGGCAUCAACAAAUUGCGCCAGAAGUGUAGACUCCGGCAGUGCACGAACUAUGGAAUCUCCACAAGCGAUAAAGGAUCUGUUGCCACGGACACUGGUUCAGAAAGAGCAGUUACUGAUUUGUCUGACUUUGAAGAUGACUUUGACGAGGAAGAGGCAUAUGAAAAUGUCAAAGUGGCACCGAAGAAACGUGAAAGACGAACAAGCUCGUCUGAAGCAUCUCCAAAGAAAAAGAAAGAUAAAAAGAAGGUGAAAAGUAAAGAAAAAGGCAAGAAAACACCGGAAAAGCCUCAGUGUGCUAUUAAUUCACAGAAAAGUCGUCAGAAGUCAAGUUUAUCAAGGAGACGUACAGAAGUUGAUGAUGCUCUUGAAACAGAUGACGACAUGCCCAGACAGUGCUAUGGCCCAGCGUGCAUAGAGCCGGCCAGGCUUGGCUCCAAAUAUUGUUCAGAUGAGUGCGGGAUGAAGCUAGCAAAGAGCCGUAUCUACGAAAUCCUACCGUCCAGAAUUCAGCAGUGGCACAGCAGUCCAUGUGUUGGAGAAGAUAACAACAAAAAACUUUUAGAGCAACUGCGUCAAGAAACGAUUGAGGCUCGACUAAAACUCCGCCAGCUGGACCUGAAGAUUCAAGAGCUGGAUGCCCUAGUGGAGCGAGGAAAACAUCUCUCUGUGGUGGCAGAACAGGAGGGUGCUGAGCAGGAUGAGGACACAGAGCUGAGCAUUUACUGUGUGACUUGUGGUAGUGAAGUCAGUCAAAAGGGUGCCCUCAGACACAUGGAGAAGUGCUAUCUGAAGUUUGAGGCGCAAACCUCCUUUUGGUCCAUUUACAAGACCCGCAUUGAAGGAAAUUCCAUGUUCUGUGACUUCUACAACCCUCAGCAGAAGAUGUACUGUAAACGUUUGAAAAUUCUGUGUCCUGAACACACAAAGGAGCCUAAGGUCAACCCUGAUGCUGUCUGCGGUUGCCCCAUCCCAGUCAACCUGUUCACUGAAGGCGACGUGCUGUGUCGUGCCCCAAAAAGGAAGUGUGUGAAACACUUCUGUUGGGAAAAGUUGAGGCGGGCGGAAAUCGAUAUGCAGAGACUCCGACAGUGGAUGAAACUGGAUGAUCUGUUUGAGCAAGAGCGCAACAUUCGAAUGGCAAUGUCCAACCGUAUGGGUGUGCUGGGACUCAUGUUACACCAGACUGUUGACCACGAUCCCACUACGCCCAUGAAGACAACCCCAAACUGAGUCAUGCUAUUUUUUGUUCCUUCCAAUGUACAGUUUUAUUGUAUAGAGUAUAGAGAGAUAUAUGAAAUAAACAUGUGUUUGCAGAAUGUAAAAA